AACUACUAGUACUACUAGUACGUACCACCACCACCUCGCCAUUUCACGAGGCGAAACGCAAAGCCGACGCGAGAGCGAGCGGCCACCGCGCGCUAGGUACUAGCGGCCACUAUAGCUUAGCUCCCCGUAUAAAGAGUCGCUGAGACUUGCUUGUCACUAGCAGCUGCUGAUCCGUGCACACUGCACACACCGCCGGUCGUGGAUGCGAAUGGAGGUGGAGAUGGGAGUGGGAGGAGGUGGAGGUGGGGGGAGAGCGGAGGCGCACUACCGCGGGGUGCGGAAGCGCCCGUGGGGGCGGUACGCGGCGGAGAUCCGGGACCCGUGGAAGAAGACGCGGGUGUGGCUCGGCACCUACGACACGCCCGUCGAGGCCGCGCUCGCCUACGACCGCGCCGCCGUCGCCCUCCGCGGCGUCAAGGCGCGGACCAACUUCGGCAGCGGCAGCGGUGGUGGUGUUGGUGGCGCCGGCGGCGGCGGGCACGUAAAUGGCCACCGGCAGCUCCCGCAGCUUCACCACCGCAUGCACCAGCCUCAGGGCCCUGGGCACUUCGGUGGGCUCGACAUCAGCCACCCUUCGCCCUGGCACUACGUCUACUUCCCCGCAAAGAUGCAGGCGAUGGCACCGGCGGCGGCUGGCCAUGUCGCCGCAUCGUCGCUGCCGUCGACGACGCUGGAGCUCCGGACGGGGCCGAGCGGCGCCGCGGCGCUCCCGUUCGACCUGAACGAGCCGCCGACGCCGUCGCUGCUGUUCGGCUCGACCUGAACGUAGUGUAGAGCAUCACUGUAGUAGGACCAAGGAUCAAGCUUAGAGAUCACUAGUAGAGAUUGCGGUAACCAAUUAAUGGGGGGUGGAGAGCACUGGUCCGGCUGUGUACAUACGUACUAAUUAAGGAAAGUUUAGCGUUCUCGCAUUGCCCCUGUUCUUGUUUCCUUUUUAAGAACUUUUUAACCUCUA